AUGAGUCGCCGCCUGCACACAAAACGCCUCGUAUCCGCGGUACUCUUUUCGGCUCCAGCGAAUAUGUCUACCGCAAAGGUAGACGUUUGGGGCGGUGACGGGCCAAAUACAAGGAGAUCAAGGAACAGGUCGCCCGGCAUACCAAACCAAAUUAGACAGAGAGAGUGGAAAAUAGACGAUGAUUUCACUAACAAAGACGACGGUUUUCGCAAUGGCGAGUCUCCUUCCCCAAUUGGCUUUGACAUAUUUGUCGAAUUUCCAGAUUCGCCACGACGUGAACUGCCAAUCAGUCCACCGCCGUCAGACUUUCCAUCCACCUUAACCUCACGGAAAUCGUCGUCAGCCCCUGAGUUUCCGGCCACACUAUGUCUUCCGAUUGUUAGUGUCGCGUUGAAGGUCAUGGUGGAUGGGAGUAUUGCACACACGGAGUUGACCCAGACCUUCCACAACCCGUCUGACAUCGAGAUUCCCGAAGCUAGGCACACUUUUCCCCUGUACGGCGGUGCAGUUGUGACUUCCUUCGAAUGCAUCAUUGGGGAUGAGCGUCGCCUUCGGGGAGUCGUCAAACCGAGAAAAGAGGCGAGGAAAGUCUACGAGAAAGCCGUAAAAACAAAUAGAGAAGCUGCAGCUCUGCUGGAAGAGCUCACCCCCGAAAUCUUUGAGACUUCAUUGGGGAAUAUCCCUCCCAGAACGCGCGUUCAAAUCAAGCUCACAUACCUGCAAGAGCUGAAAAUCGUCAUGAUGGAGGAAGAGAAGACGGAGGGUCUGGCAGUUAUCAUCCCGACGUCCAUUGCGCCACGGUACGGUGAUCAGCCAGCUAGAAGGAAACCAUCGCCGGUCCUGCAAAUUAACAGGCUUGAAAUUUGGGUAAAAGUCGUUGACAAUGGCACUAUCAAUCCCGAGGGCUGUCACGUCGAGUCUGGACAUGACGUCGAAUAUGAAGGGACCGAGCCGGUUGAGAAAGCACAGGCUUUCAGUUUGGCAGACCUGGGAACGGGUAAUGAAUCAAAGACAGGGGCGUCCCAAACUCAAUGCGUGUGGCACUAUGAGUCCCGUGCGUCAGUCCUGAAGAAGGACUUCAUCCUUGUCAUUCAAAUGCGCGAAGGACAUCAUCUACUCUCCCGCGCGGUCGUUUCGCCGGCGAAUGAGAAAGGCCACGGUGCGAUGAUGGUGACCAUUAGGCCGAAUGACUUGUUUGGAAGUGCGGUUCGACCACAGUCCUUCUCAGGGGAAAUUCUAUUUCUGCUCGAUCAGUCUGGAUCUAUGGGCUGGACUUCCGAGGGCUCAAGUCGUCUCAAGAUCAACACUUUACGUGAUGCUAUGUCCCUGGUUUUGUCUGGACUUCCUGACAUUUGUGUGUUCAACAUCAUUUCCUUCGGUACUGCAACGUACGGCCUAUGGGACAGGUCUAGGCCAUAUUCAGUUGAGAACAUCAAGGAGGCCAGGACAUACGCCUCACAAGUAGAAGCGAACAUGGGAGGUACGGACCUGCUAAGAGCUCUGAAAGCCACGGUCAAGCGUCUAACGCGGGCAAGACAGUCUUCUCAGAUCAUUAUUAUCACUGACGGCGAGUUGGAGCUGGAGCCAGUGGUUGAGUUCGUCUGGAAGACACGCCAAGAGCUGCAGGACAAGGUCCGCUUCUUUGCCCUAGGAAUAGGAGACAAUGUAUCUCACCGGCUGAUUGAGAGUAUCGCGGAGCUCGGCGGCGGAUACUCUGACGUGAUUGACGUUAUGAAGAAGCCGCGGUGGGAGGACAGGCUGAACCGUAUGGUUCGUUCGGCACUGCAACCAGAUAGCUGGACUUUCGACAUCAGUCUCGGCUCUAAUUACGAGAAGCGGAGCCUGAUGGCUGUUCAAUUCGGCAUUGAAAAAUUGUCGGACAAGUCGCUGGUUCCGUACAUCCAAGCGCCUUAUCCGAUCCCCCCUCUUCACCCUUUUUCUUACAAAUCGAUAUUUAUCCUUAUAGACUUGAGGGGGGGUAAGCUUCCGAGUGAGGUAAUCCUGACCACGACAACGCCGGGUACAAAGAGCAAGUCCUACUACCUAAGCGUAGAGACAUCAAAUAUCAACAAUGGGGCGAUCCAUCACCUCGCAGCAAAAGCUUCUCUCCUCAACCUCGAAGAAGAGGUCAAGAAAGAAGUCACCGAGUCCGAAACCGCUUGUGUCAAUGCUGAAAGUCUAGGCGAGACGUAUUCCAUCACAAGCAAAUGGACGAGCUUUCUCGCAGUGGCUCAAAAUGAACCAGCCGAGAAGCAGAAUCGCGAGGUUAACCUCUACAAGACUACUCUCAAAGAUAUCGACAUCGACAAGCUCCUUAGGUCGCUGGACGUGGACGACGAGUCCGAAGUCGAGAGCAGCGCAGGAUCAGUUGAGGCAGAUAGAAGUAUUAAUCUCAGGCAUGCAAACAUGUUUUCCCUUACGGGUGCAAAAACAGCCCCUCCCAAUGAAGAGACUCCGACUGAUUGGGGUCGCGAAGUCGAUGUCGAAGGGAAAUCUUUCAGCCCAGGUCUGCACUUUGAAGGAUCCUUACCGGCAUAUCUACCUGAGGCCCCCAUAAGACAUCUAAUGGAGCGGAGUGAAACGUCACCAUGUGAUGCAACCCUUACCAGGUCCUCCAGACGUCAGAGUCAACAGCAUGUCUCAGAUUCUGAUGAUGAGGGCUUGUGUCAAAUUAUAGUUGACAGUUACUAUGAUGCAUUGCUCCACGGAAUUAAGUCAAAUGUGACUUCUGAAAGCUCGAUUGCGGCUGAAAGAUGUUGCACCACCACUAAGGAUAGCGAUUCACAUUGGGAUGUGUCGGAGACAGGCAGCGAUCAUGAAGCAAAAUUUUACAAAUCAAUCGGUGAUGGUCCAAUAACAUGGCAAGACGCAGUGGCAAACCAGAACAUCGACGGCACAUUCAGUCUGAUGGGCCCUGUAAGGCUGAAACUCAGACGGCACUUCUGCUCCGACACUGCAAAGAAGCUUCACGAAGAGCUUCAAAAGUUCCCGAACGCGACGGAGCUGUCGGAUAACAUGAUGGACGUUCUUGUUGAUACUAUGAUGAUCAUCCAGCACUUCCAUACUCAUAUGGCUCCGGAGGAGGAUUCAUGGGGCCUGAUCAUGGACAAAGCCGAGUACGCCGUCAACACGGCGUUGAGAUUUUCAGAGGAAGAGGAAGAAAAGCUGAUUCCCAUGACCCAUAUAUUGAGAGGCUCGAUCGUACACAAGCACUUCAUGACUGCUAUGAAAAGGAAAGGCACAGAUAUGGCACAGAGGGCCAACGGUGAAAAUCCAUUCAAAAAGGUUGCCAAGAGGUGUCCCGUUUGUGAGGAAUUGUUCGAUGUAGAGCAUAUAUUGCAGGCCCAGAAACGUUUUCUCUGUACAUUUGAAGAUUCUGAUCCUUUGACCAAGCAUGUAUGGGAUGACUGGGAUGGGUUCUGGGAGCAUCAGGUCAAGACUGGUCAUAUGGUAUGCCCUGAAGAUAAUGCGCUACUAGUUGCGGACUGA